AUGCGUGGUCCCUCCGAAACCAUAGAUAUAGAAGCGAAAGAAGAUAUAAACAUAACUAAUGUGAAAAGAUAUGUUACAACAAAAGAUUCAAAUCGAACCAAAAAUGAAAACAAAACGAAAAAGAUUAAACUAAAACCCAUUAAAGAAUUAUCCAAGCAUCAUCAUAAUAUAAAAGAAAUACUCCAGUGGUCUAACACGACGCCUAUUCAUGGCAGGAGCGAUUUGGGAUACCUAUGCUGUUACUGCACUGAAAAAUUUCCCAUACCCGCUGAUUUAAAAACUCAUACGUUGCUAUUGCAUAAAAAUGAUUCCAAUCCUAAAUUCUUACAGAAAAGAGACCUGAAAAAGUAUCACGUUAAAGUCGAUAUCACUAAUUUAAAAUGUGAUAUUUGUAAAACGAACAUUCAAAAUAUAGAAGAUCUGAUUGAUCACUUAAGAAAAAAUCACUAUAAGAAAAUUUAUACGGAUAUAAAGAAUCAUAUAGUGGGCUUCAAAUUCGAAGGAUCCAAUAGUAAUGAACUGAGGUGUGCUGUGUGCUCGAACGUUUAUACAAAAUUCAAGAUACUGUUCGAGCACAUGCACAGGCAUUCGAAUAAUUACAUUUGCGAAGAAUGCGGUUCAGGUUUCAUCAACAACAGGGCGCUAUUGAAUCACCAGAAACGACACAACAUCGGCGAGUUUAAAUGUGAACACUGCGAAAAAGUAUUUGACAAUCUACACAAAAAGAACUCGCAUGUAACAACAGUCCAUGUACACGGUUAUCUGUUAAACAAAUGCGGUUAUUGCAAUCAGAAAUUUGCUGGAUAUCGAACGAAAGCGGAACAUUUGAGAACGGCUCAUGGUAUAACAGAGCGCGCUAUAUGCCAAGCGUGUGAAAAGAGUUUCGCUACAAAAGAUUCCUUAAACAAACACGUCAAAAGACAUCACUUAAUGGACUACCGAUACAGUUGCACAUUAUGUGAUAUGAAAUUUCACGCUAAUAAAAGUUUGGAAGAGCAUAUGGUCAAGCAUACGAAAACACGCAGUUUUCAGUGUAGGGUGUGCUUCAAGCGUUAUGGGAGGCAGCAGACUUUGAAAGAACAUAUGCGCAUCCAUGAUAAUGAUAGGCGGUUUAAAUGUGAACAUUGCGUUAUGGCCUUUGUUCAGAAAUGUAGUUGGCGUCGUCAUAUGCAAGCCAAGCAUGACGAACACGUUUAA